AUGGCCAUCGAGUACUCUCGAUUCAUGGACGAGUACGUCGCGCUGGGCCGUAUGAGGCCAUUGUCAGAUGCUCUGGUCUCCACGCCGACUUGUCCUCUGCUCACAGUCACUUACGGCGUUUUUUUCUCGCCUUACUUGUCACUGCGGAUCAUCCAGCAGUUGUGCGAGGAUGAAGGCCACAGGUGGCCUGGAGCUGCAACUGCUGCCAUGCGUGAUCGCUAUGCAGAUGACAUCCUUUCCGGCGCUGACAAACUCGAUGCCGCACGUGAACUCCGAAACCAGCUUAUCUGCCUGUUGCAAGCUGGAGGGUUUCCGAUGAGAAAAUGGGUAGCAAACGUGCCUGAGCUUUUAGACGAUCUCCAAGAAGAAGAGUGCUCCACUUGGCAAGAGCAAGCCACUGAUGGUUUUGUGAGUGAGCUUGGCGUUAGCUGGGAUCCAUCCUCAGACCAUUUCCGUCUUAUUCCUCCCCGAGUUCAGGCUCAAGACACGAAGCGGACAAUUCUCGCCACUCUGGCACGGCUUUUUGAAUCGUGUGGCUGGCUGGCCCCUACCAUCCUGAACGCCAAGUUUCUGCUCCAGGAUUUAUGGCGCACUGAACUCGACUGGAAUGAGGUCGUGCCACCGUCAAUGGCCCGUCAGUGGUCAGUUUUUGCCUCCGAGCUUCAGGUGAUCCAUGGGUUUGCUAUCCCACGCUUGAUUGGAUGGUCACCCGAUUUGGAUCUGCAGCUCCACGCCUUAUCCGAUGCAAGCCACCGCGCCAUGGCAGCUGUAACUUUUUCUCGACUUACCGACUCUAAAGGUUUAGUGCGCUGCCACAUUCUUUUGGCUAAAACCAAGCUCGUUCCAAUCCGAACUCUAAAGCCAGCUUCUUCGCCCCAGCCUCUGAUGACAAUACCCCGUCUUGAGCUCCAAGCCGCACUACUCGCAGCCAAUCUGCUUUAA